AGAAGCUGUGAGCAGAAGGCUUCAGCGGGAGAUCCGUGUCUGGGAGAGAUCUGUUAAGGCUAAAGACAGCAGGACCCACAGCUGGGAAACACACUGAUGGUAUGGAGGGGGUGAACAUGGACCGAGGCUUCUUCAGGAAGGUGGACGUGCCGGACCAUGCACACUAUAUCGUGGCUUUCUUCGUGGCGGUCAUUGGGGGCGUGGGAGUCAUGGGGAACGUGCUGGUCAUGUAUGCCUUUUUCUGUAACAAGAAACUACGGACUCCACCCAACUACUUCAUCAUGAACCUUGCUGUGAGUGACUUCCUCAUGGCCGCUACCCAGUCACCCAUCUUUUUUGUCAACUGCAUGUACAAGGAGUGGGUGUUUGGUGAAAUAGGGUGUAAGAUGUAUGCCUUUUGUGGGGCUCUGUUCGGGAUCACUUCCAUGAUCAACUUGUUGGCCAUAUCCAUUGACCGCUAUGUAGUGAUCACCAAGCCUCUGCAGGCCAUCCGGUGGACGUCGAAACGUCGGACACUCCUCAGCAUCCUGCUGGUCUGGCUGUACUCUCUAGCCUGGAGUCUGGCACCUUUACUGGGAUGGAGCUCCUAUAUCCCAGAGGGCCUCAUGACGUCUUGCACAUGGGACUAUGUCACCUCUACUCCGGCUAACAAGAGCUACACCCUCAUGCUGUGCUGCUUUGUGUUCUUCAUCCCCUUGGGGAUCAUAUCCUACUGCUACUUCUUCAUGUUUCUGGCUAUACGUAGCACAAGCAGAGAUGUGGAGAGGCUGGGGACCCAUGUGCGGAAAACCACACUGAUUCAGGAGCAGUCUAUAAAGACAGAGUGGAAGCUGGCGAAGGUGGCCUUUGUGGUCAUCGUCGUGUACGUGCUUUCCUGGUCACCCUAUGCCUUUGUUACCCUCAUCGCGUGGGCAGGGUAUAGCAGUAUCCUAACACCAUAUUCGAAGGCGGUGCCUGCAGUCAUAGCCAAAGCAUCAGCCAUUUACAACCCGAUCAUCUACGCUAUCAUCCACUCCAAAUACAGGAAUACUCUGGCUGAGAAGAUUCCAUGUCUGUACUUCCUGGCCAAGCGUCCACAAAAGGAAUGUGUCUCUGUUUCCAACAGCGAGUCGUCCUUCAGGGAAUCCAUGCUCAGUAGGCAGUCAUCAGGGUCAAAGGCCAAGUUCCAGCGAGUGUCUUCUAUGUCCACUGGUGACACAGUUUGGACUGAUGUAGAGUUGGAUCCGAUGGACCUGCAGACUCAUUCACUCAGAAACUCCCACUCAACCAACCUGCUGAGAGAGAUGGAGCGAAGGCAUCAGCUUCAGCAGGGGAAGGCCAAGAACUACCUGGCUCAAGAAAAUGGUAAGCUAGCUGUCCCAGAGAGUGUCUCACCGAGCAACUUUGACCAGGGUAAGGUCAACAGGGCCUCCAUGCCCCUCCUCACGGAAAAUGAGAGCCCAGGAGGAGAUCAGAAAGAAGAAGAGGGACAGCAGGAACAGACCACCUGUGUAGAAACCCCCGACACAGGGCCUGGCUUUUACAAGAACACAGAGACACAGGAUGGCAGCUUGGUGGAGGGCACUAAGCACAAACAGGAAGCCCGGACCAUAGAGGAUAACCUGAUGCUGGACCUGAAGACUUUGAACUGCUCCACAGAGUUUCUAGAAGCUGUGGAGAAGUUCCUCUCUUGAACACGAACUUGGAUCCAAAGGUCCUCAACUAAAUCUGAAGUGAAUAUGGUUACGACAGGGAGAUCAGUCUGCACACUCAAGAACAGUGACCGCCACAUCUUUAGCACUUAAAGCAGUUCACAUUACUCUUACAUACAAAGAAUCUGCUGCUAAUAUUCUACUGACUGUCAAUGAUGCUGUUUUCCACUAAGUUGGCUCUCAACCCAAAGCCUAUACAACCUUGAUUUGAGUAGUAACAGAAACAGCCACUGUGAUUAGUAACAUUCCACUCCAUCUCACUUCACAUCACAUCUUGUCCCUGCAAAGGCUACCUCUUAGCUUUUCAAUGUAUUGCCAUAUAUCAGCCAAUGUCUGUUGAACAUCUAAGCUAUCUUUCGAAUCGACCUCUGCAGUCCAGUCAUCACCUAAAACCAGGAUGAAGGUAUUAUAGUAAGGUAUCAAUUUUAUAAGUUUCGUGCUGGCGUAACUUUGUCUUUGUUAUGUACAUCUUUGCUAUCCAGUUUUACCUGAUGUUUUGCAGGUGUUGCUCUAGUUGUGGGGUUUGUGUUAACCUGUGUCCCUUGCAGUGGUGGAUGAAGUACACAAAUGAUGUACUUGAGUUAAAGUAGA